AUGUCGGGAUUCGAGGCGCUGGGAAUGGCCUGUGCCAUAUUCCAGACCAUCAGCUUUGCCCACGAAACCACACGCUUCUGCAUGGAUGUAUACCGCGGCCAGAAAUCACCAGAUUCUACCCUCGAAGAGAAUGCACUUGCCAUGAAACAGGCCGCUGGCCAAGUGAAAGCAUCUUGUUGCGUAGCAGCUACACCAGAGGAGAAGUGUCUGGUUGAUAUAGCCGAAAAAUGCAUCAUCGCCGCAUCAAGGAUUUCUGAUGAGGUGCAAAAGAUCACCAGACUCCACAAGAAAGGUGACCUCAUCGCAGCUGUACGAAGUGGAUUGAGAUCUUGGCGGAAGAGAUCUCAGAUGAAUGAUCUCGAUAACAGUUCACGUCGCUAUACGGAUACUAUGCAGACCCUGUUGAUCAGUCGCGUUUGCGACCAGGGCAAAGCUUCUGAGCUGAAACAAUGUCGAGACUUUCACAACCUCGAUCAGAAACUUCAAGCAUUCAUUUCAUGUAUUAGAGACGGCUACACAAAAAUCGAAGACCUCUUGAGAGUUGAGGGUACAAGGACUCGAGACCACGUCACCGACGAAGCUACCAGAACUGUGGACUCUGUCACCGCUUACGUGGCGAAGCAGGAACAGGACCAGGAGACAAGAGAUGCCAUCUUUAAGAAACGCCAGCGUUUUCUCAACAGCUUCAGAUUUGACGAGAUAAAUCAACGAAAGAGCGAUAUAACCGACCCUGAAGAUGCUAUCUUUAAUCGGAUAUUUCAGUCGUUUGAGAACACAGCCAAGGGCAACAAAACUACUGUCCCUACUGAUUCGGAUAUCCGUUUGGAAGAAAUUGAUACGGUAUGGCACAGACUUACUGACUGGCUGAAGUCAGACGAGUACCUCUUUUGGAUCCAGGGCAAGCCAGGUGCAGGCAAAAGCACCCUCAUCAAAUUCAUUACGAGCCAAACUGCCACCCAAACACUGCUGGAUUAA